GGACGUGCAUCCUCGACUGAGUGAGGGGGGGGGGCGCUCGGCACAAAGAAAGUGGAAAGUUUGCAGUGCGUGGCGGUCCGGGCCAGGGAUCCGGGUGCGCACGUGCAGGGCCGGGGGCACCGGGGGCCCCCCACGCCGAGCUCGCCGUUUCUUUUUUUUUCCUGCAAGCGAGGGGGGGGGGGUGUUGUUGGUAUCGCCCCCUCCUUCUCCUCCCCCCAGGGGUGAAAGUGCAAGAGGAAGUGCAGCCGCUGCCAUCUUUCCUCCGCUCCGAACACACGGAGCCCGGGGCCGCAACGCAGUCGCUCCGCCGCCGUCUUCGCUCAGCCCGGGAAAGGGCCCGCCCUGCCGCCGCCGCUGCCCGCCCGCUCCAGCCUUCGCUGCCGACUCCGCCCGCCAGGCUCCGGGAUCCGGCCCGCGCUGCCGCCCUGGUGCGCGCCCCGGCGCCGCCGCCGCCUUAGCCUUUUGUUUCCUCCGCUCCGGCGCCCCCGCCCCGGCUCGCGCUUUGCAGGGGACGCAGCGCGCGCCCCCAGCGGGCCCGGGAAAAACCGCGGCGCGCGCGCGCGCGCCUGCGCGACAGACCCCCCCGUCCUCCUCCCCGCGCGCGCGCGCGCCUUCUUGGCUGCGCGCCGGCGCCGCCUGGCGGGCGGGAGGGGAGGUGGCAGGCGUGUUUGCGGGAGGGGCGCACCUCUGUGCUCGCGUACCCCCCGGAGGUAGACAGAGAAGGGGAGGCGGGCGGGCGGGUGGAGACGAGAGAAGAGUGCACGAUCUGGCAGGGGUGGGGGCAGCUAUGUGGGCGGUGGUGCGUCCUACCGUCUAGACAGUCCGAUCCGGGCAGGGGGCGUGUGCGCUCGGCGCACCUGCGAGAUUACAGAGCCCCGGGCCGGCACGUGUGGGGAGUAUAGACACGUUCGCAGCGCCCCGCUUCUCGCUGCCUAGGGGAAGGGAGUGGGGCGGGUAAGUGCCGCGGCCCGGCUUGUGGGGAGGGGGCGGCGGCCAUGGAGCGAGUGAACGACGCUUCCUGCGGCCCGUCGGGCUGCUACACCUACCAGGUGAGCAGACACAGCACGGAGAUGCUGCACAACCUGAACCAGCAGCGCAAAAACGGCGGGCGCUUCUGCGACGUGCUCCUGCGGGUGGGCGACGAGAGCUUCCCAGCGCACCGCGCGGUGCUGGCCGCCUGCAGCGAGUACUUUGAGUCGGUGUUCAGCGCCCAGUUGGGCGACGGCGGAGCUGCGGACGGGGGCCCCGCUGACGUGGGGGGCGCAGCGGCGGCCCCGGGCGGCGGGGCUGGGGGCAGCCGGGAGCUGGAGAUGCACACCAUCAGCUCCAAGGUGUUUGGGGACAUACUGGACUUCGCCUACACUUCCCGCAUCGUGGUUCGCCUGGAGAGCUUCCCUGAGCUUAUGACCGCCGCCAAGUUUCUGCUGAUGAGGUCGGUCAUUGAGAUCUGCCAGGAAGUCAUCAAACAGUCCAAUGUGCAGAUCCUGGUGCCCCCUGCCCGGGCGGACAUCAUGCUCUUUCGUCCCCCGGGGACCUCGGACUUGGGUUUCCCUUUGGACAUGACCAACGGGGCAGCCUUAGCCGCCAACAGCAAUGGCAUCGCAGGCAGCAUGCAGCCCGAGGAGGAGGCCGCACGGGCAGCUGGUGCAGCAAUUGCGAGCCAGGCCUCCCUGCCUGUGUUACCUGGGGUGGACCGCUUGCCCAUGGUGGCCGGACCCCUGUCCCCCCAGCUGCUGACCUCACCCUUCCCCAAUGUGGCAUCCAGUGCUCCUCCCCUGACUGGCAAGCGAGGCCGGGGCCGCCCAAGGAAGGCCAACCUGCUGGACUCAAUGUUCGGGUCCCCGGGGGGCCUGAGGGAGGCAGGCAUCCUUCCUUGCGGGCUGUGUGGGAAGGUGUUCACUGAUGCCAACCGGCUCCGGCAGCACGAGGCCCAGCAUGGUGUCACCAGCCUCCAGCUGGGCUACAUCGACCUUCCUCCUCCGAGGCUGGGUGAGAACGGGCUGCCCAUCUCUGAGGACCCCGACGGCCCUCGAAAGAGGAGCCGGACCAGGAAGCAGGUGGCGUGUGAGAUCUGCGGCAAGAUCUUCCGUGACGUGUACCAUCUCAACCGGCACAAGCUUUCCCACUCAGGGGAGAAGCCCUAUUCCUGCCCCGUGUGUGGGCUGCGGUUCAAGAGGAAAGAUCGCAUGUCCUACCACGUGCGCUCCCACGACGGGUCCGUGGGCAAGCCCUACAUCUGCCAGAGCUGUGGGAAAGGCUUCUCCAGGCCUGAUCACUUGAACGGACAUAUCAAGCAGGUGCACACUUCUGAGCGGCCUCACAAGUGUCAGACCUGCAAUGCUUCUUUCGCCACCCGAGACCGCCUGCGCUCCCACCUGGCCUGUCAUGAAGACAAGGUGCCCUGCCAGGUAUGCGGGAAGUACUUGCGGGCGGCGUACAUGGCAGACCACCUGAAGAAGCACAGCGAGGGGCCCAGCAACUUCUGCAGUAUCUGUAACCGAGGUUUCUCCUCUGCCUCCUACUUAAAGGUCCAUGUUAAAACCCACCACGGUGUUCCCCUUCCCCAGGUCUCCAGGCACCAGGAGCCCAUCCCGAAUGGGGGAGCAGCGUUCCACUGCGCCAGGACCUAUGGCAACAAAGAAGGCCAGAAAUGCUCGCAUCAGGAUCCGAUUGAGAGCUCCGACUCCUACGGCGACCUCUCGGACGCCAGCGACCUGAAGACGCCCGAGAAACAGAGCACCAACGGCUCCUUCUCCUGCGACAUGGCGGUCCCCAAAAACAAAAUGGAGUCUGACGGCGAGAAGAAGUACCCCUGCCCGGAGUGCGGGAGCUUCUUCCGCUCCAAGUCCUACUUGAACAAACACAUCCAGAAGGUGCACGUCCGUGCCAUCGGGGGCCCCCUGGGGGACCUGGGCCCCGCCCUCGGCUCACCUUUCUCUCCCCAGCAGAACAUGUCUCUCCUCGAGUCCUUCGGGUUUCAGAUCGUUCAGUCCGCGUUCGCCUCGUCUCUGGUCGACCCUGAGGUCGACCAGCAGCCCCUGGGGCCCGAGGGCAAGUGAGGCAGACAGACGCUGCGUCCCUGCGGAGACAGCCGCUGGGGACGGCUGAGAAAUGCUGUGAAUGCGGAGGGAAGUGGUGUCUUUGGGUUCUGUAGCUGAGAAGAUUUUUAUUCGUUUUUAACUGCCCCCCCUCCAGCCCUGUCGCUCCCACCCCCCACCCAUCCCCCAGUGGUCUUUAGAAAUAGAUUCUCAUCUGAUACUCGGCAGAAAUAACCUGUAAGACCCGGUAUGGGAUGAGGGCAGCAAACACUACACACGGGCCUCCCAGGCGAGGCCAGGGCCGGUUUCUCCGACGGGCGGAAGCUGCAGCCCCCUGGUGCUCGUCAGUUCUCAGUGGCCCCAGUCCCACACCCACACCUGACAGCGUCCUGGGACCUCGGGGAGUCUAGUCUCCUGCCCCCCUUCUCCAGCCCCUCAUCCCCUCUUCUCAUAGCCCUCCACAGAAGCCACAGUAGGGUCUCUACCCACUUACACAAAGCUGAUGCCCAACUAUUUUUAAGGAAGCUGGAAGCCCGCAGCAGCAUCCCGUGGACCGUGGGGGCAGUGCCCUCUGAGAGCCCCCCUGAGCUUGACCUUUGACCUGGAGGGCCCCCAACCUUUCUCUGAGCCCUGCCUGAAGGCUAGCAUUCUGCCACUAGGACAAGCUUAGCAAUUGAGGACACUCCAACCCCAAAUUCCAGUUCUUCUGUGAUUUUUUAACCAUUCAACUUGCUGUUGGGUUUUAAUUCUCUAAUUAUUAUUAUUAUUAUUAUUAUUUUUUAGGACCAGUCGUAGUGAAUUGCUACUGAAAGCUAUCCCAGGUGAUACAGAGCUCUUUGUAAACCGCAGUCACACGUUAGGGUUAGGAUUAAAACUUUGUUUAGAUGUACCAUAAUUAACUUGGCUAGUUGAUUGUUUGAAGUCUAUGGAAGAAAUAGUUUUAUGCAAAAUUUUAAAAAUGCCAGUCUGGUCAGGGAGGGCAGGGCUCUCUGUGCUGUUGGAGGGAGGAAGAACCGGCAAGGAUGGACAUCAUGCACUGUGGUUGUAUUGCACGGGAGCAAGCCCGGGUCGACCCUGUGACGUGAAUUGAUCUGAUCAGACUGUAUUAAAAACAUUAGUACGUUA